AAAGACGACCAGACGACCAGCAGGCGAUGUCGACUCGCUGAGAUGCGACUCUCCGCGCCGUCCCGCUUCACCACCUCCGUCCGGCCCAGGUCGACCCAGCCCAAGUCCAAGGCUGCCGCCUCCACAACCACAACCACAACCACAACCACAACUACAACUACAACAUCUACGCCAUCGCCAUCGCCCACGCCCACGCCGACUCCAACACCGCCGAGAUCGAGCUCACGACCGCGCGAGCAGCUGUCUCACUACCGCCUCCUCUUCAACAAUGUCCGUCCGCAGCUGACUGACGACCAGUUCGCAAAGAUGAGACACCAGCAGCCCGUUCAGCUGCCCUUCGACGCCGCCGGCAAUGGCCCCGUUGGCAUCCCAGAGAGCCCUCCUGGCGCCGGCGAGGGCAGCGACGGCACCGGCAGAGGCAUCGUGAUCGGCCUGCUGUCGGCCUUUGGCUCGGCCGGAGUCGCCCUGCUGGUGCUCGCCCUCUUCUUCUUCUUCAGAUACACCCACCGAGGCCGCAUCCUGCUCGACCGCAUCGGCCGGCCGGGCGAGUACGACGACGAGCAGGAGUUUGCCCGCGAAGAGGCAGAGGCCCUCGAGUCCAUGGACGAGCUGCAGGCUGCCGAGUACUUUAGAGCAAAAGCCUUUGUUCAGGCAAACCCCCCAGAGACAAUGCAGACCGAUAUAUCACUCUCCCAGUUCCUUGCGAUCCAGGAAAAGGGCGUGUCGGCAUGGGAGUUUGAGCCGGAGCUCGAGAUUGCCAACUGCUUUGUCGAGGGACGCACCGAGAUCGAGUUCUUCGACUCCGAGUGUGGCGUCCAGAGCAACCUGCCUGUCCCGAAGCAGAAUGACGUUUACUACUGGGAGGCGAAGAUUUACGACAAACCGGAGACUACGCUCAUCAGCAUCGGCAUGACUACCAAGCCCUAUCCGCUUUUUAGACUGCCUGGCUUCCACAAGUCAUCGGUUGCGUAUCAAUCUACCGGCCACAGGAGACACAACCAGCCCUUCAAUCCAACGCCCUACGCACCGCCUUAUGUCCAGGGAGACGUUGUAGGCGUGGGCUACCGACCUCGCAGCGGAACCAUCUUCUUCACUCGCAACGGCAAGAAGCUCGACGAUGUAGUCCACGGCCUCCGGUCGCAGAACUUCUUCCCGACUGUUGGUGCCAACGGGCCAGCUACCGUGCACGUCAACUUCGGCCAGAUGGGCUUCGUCUUCAUCGAGGCCAACGUCAAGAAAUGGGGUCUUGCGCCCAUGACCGGAAGCCUGGCUCCUCCGCCACCUUACGGCAGCGAGCAGGGAAGCAUUCUUCUCGAGGCCGGAGGCGAGAGCUCAGUCGCGGCCCAGGAAGCUGCCGGUCACAGCCAUCAUCUCCACGGCCACCAGACGCACGGCUCUACCACUGCGCCUGUACAGCAAUGGUGGCAUCCAGAGUACAUCCAACACCACGCCCAGCAUGCUCAUCAGGUACUGCAGCACCAGCGUCAACAGCAGCAACAGCAGCAGCAGCAGCAGCAGCAGCAGUCACAAACACAUGCACGAACCCGCAGUGGGACAGUACGAGGACACAGUCUGCAUCCAUCCGCCCAGGCGCCGUCUGCACCCGUCCGGACGCCAACAGACAUCUCACUGGGUCCCUUGCCCCAUAUAACCUCGCCAGCGGCCUCCUCGACUGCCGGGGCUGCAGCUGCGUCACCCUCGACCGUCACUUCAGACGCCCCCGCUGGUUCCGAGACGUCUGAGGCAACGACCGUUGUUCUGGUAGGCAAUAAUGACAGCAACGGCAACAGCAACAGCCACAGCCACAGCGCCAGUAAUAGCCGUCCUCCACUCGAUGACGUUCCUCCACCAGAAUACCGUAGCCCAGGUCACUCGCCGCCGUGCGGCCAGGCCGGAGGUCCCCCGGGCGAGGUCCCGCCUAUACCAACCUACGAUGCAGCGGUUCGUCAGUCCAGGGAACGAGACGGCCCGCGAGAUCAAGACGACUCUUGAUACAUCCUCCUCUUGCUUUCAUUUCUUUGCUUUUGUGACUCUUUUUGCUCAUGGCCGUCUGUCUACUUUUUAUAUCGUUGCUCCCCUUUUCCUUGCUUUACAUCCCUAUCAAAUCUAUGCUCGUUUAUUCCCCUGCAAAAUUAGCGACUCAUUCGAUCUGGACGGAACACGGUGUGGUACGGGUGCGGUCUCCUUCUCGGUGCUGGUGCGGUCUCUUUUUUUCAUUGAUAUUUCCUAUGCUCUGUUCAAGUCUGCUCUUCUUACACGGCGUUUCCUGCCCGUCCUUGUCCUUUCUCUCGCUCCUAUUUUCCCUUGACGCUCUUGACUCUCUGCUUGCCUGCCUUUCCCCAGUGGAUAUCUAUCUUUAUCUCUUUUGUCUUCCCCCCCUGAUGCAGCCCUGCCGGCGGCGCAGUCUCCUAUCAAACUCCCAACCACCCCCAGUGCAAUAAGACGCUUGCUUAUUCUCUCACUGCCUAUUUCCACCUACAUACACCCAUGCUUUGCUGUAACUAACGAGACGGAGGUUAAUAAGUAAUAACAUACGCAGCCUGUCCAUGUACAUAACUGCCUGCUCCCUGUCGAUAGCCAUCUCUGCCAUCCCUGCCUUUCGAUCUCGACAUCCUUCUAGUAACUAAGUAGUUAAGCAAGCUCCUCGACGAUGAAAGAACCAGGACAAAGAGACCUCGCCCUGCAGCAAGCCACAGCCUGCUAUCUGCUCCGUCGUC